UUUAAGGUUUAAAAAAAGCGAACGGGAUGGGGAUGCACUCCUCGCCAGACAAGGAUCGCCCGUCAUGCACGCACACAGGCACGCCGAGGAACCCACCGUCAUUGUCCACCCCACCGAAAGCACCAUAGACGUGUCCGCCCAAUCCAGUUCCGAAAAGCUCUACACAACCACCGAGCAAGAUCCCCCAACACCCCGCCCUUCAAACCGUCUAUAUGAAUCCGCCCGCUCCUUCCUUCCUCUCUCGGUCAUUGCAUUCGGCGGUCCCCCAGCCCACAUUGCCCUCCUCCACAACACAUUUGUCGUACGCAAGAAAUGGUUGGACGAUACGCUUUUUGGAGAGUAUUUUGCAGUGAGUCAGGCGUUACCUGGACCCGGGAGUACGGAAAUGUUGUUUUCGAUUGCGAUUCAUCGGGGUGGGAUAUGGGCUGGGCUUGUUGGAUUUGUUUGUUGGAGUAUACCAGGGUUGAUCAUCAUGACCGCACUCGGUCUCGGCGUCUCUCACCUCCCCUCCCCACUCCCCGACUGGCUAAUCCACCUCCAAAACGGUAUCAGCGCUGCAGUGGUAGGUCUCGUCGCUCAAGCCGGCACAUCCCUCGCACGCAAAAUUGUCGUCAAUAAGGAUACAUUGGCUGUAUGUACGCUGGCGGCGUGUGCGGCUGUCCUGUGGUCGGCAUCGUGGUUGGAACCUGUUGUGAUUGCCGUUGGAGGGAUCCUGACAUUUGUACUUGUCAAAUGCCAUGCAAGAUGGGACGCGAGACGGGCAAAACGGGAUCGUACACAAGAACCUACACCGCUCGAAGCGGCACAUGUCGAGGUGGAAGUACGAGAGGAAUAUCCAGCACAUAAUCCUAUAUCCUGGAAAACCGGUGUAGCGAUCAUGAUCGUCUGGCUCAUCCUCCUAAUCGUUUGCAUGGUCCUCAAACCCCACGUGGCAUCCAUCCGCCCCCUGGCCGUCCUCACCCAAUUCUUUGUAGCAGGCUGCGUUAUAUUCGGUGGAGGCCCUGUCGUUAUUCCCCUAUUGUAUUCCUACGUGGUCGUACCAGGCUGGCUAUCCGAACGCGAUUUUUUGUUGGGUGUAGCCCUCAUCCAGGCCCUUCCUGGUCCAAACUUUAAUUUUGCGGCUUAUUGUGGUGCGUUGGCUCUUGCGCCCUAUGGUACCGCCGCGGGAAUUGGUGGAGCAUUGUUGGGGUAUAUUGGCAUUUUUACUCCUGGGUUGGCGCUCAAUGCUGCUGCAAUGCCGCUUUGGGCUCGGGUACGAAAGAGUAAGGUCCUUGUGCAUGUGUUGCCGGGUAUGAAUGCCGCGGCGGUGGGACUCGUUUAUGCGGCUGCGUACCUGUUGUGGCAAAAGGGGGUCGUGAGAGGAGCUGUCGUGAGACCUUUGGGGGAUUUUCCGUUUUAUGCUGUGGUAGCCGGUGUGGCUUAUGUGCUUGUUGAUGCUGGAAUGAGAACAGUGAUCGUCAUGGUUCUGGGAUGUCUGGCGGGGUUGUUGUCGUGGGGAUUGGGUAUAUGAGAGGUUGCCUCUUUUAUGGAUCUGCUGUGGACACUGGUACCCAUGCAAAGACACAAUGCCAACAAGUUUGUGAAUAAUAACUCUAUAGAGAUUUACUUGAACAAAAAAAUAUAUACACAAAAG